GUAGUGUUAGCAAACGCGAUAUUUUGGCUAGUUCGUUCCUAGGAACUAGUUCGCUCGUACUAAAUGUUUACUUUUGGAGUGUGCCGAUAAUUUAACCACAAUGGAAACUGUCAAUGCCACCUACUCGUUCCUCACGAACAUGGAGGUUAUGCAGGCGCUCCAGAAAAUCAAAGCCACCAAAAAGAAAUUCGGAAUGCGAAACCUGGCCACAGUAACCUACGAGGCCCUGCAAUAUUUGGAAGAGUCGCCUUGCAAGACUCAGACACGUGAGGGCAUCAUAAACUACGUGAAAGAGCUGGCCAGCUAUCGCCUGAAGUCCCACGAAGUACUCCAAAUGGUGAACGAUCCGCCCACCAGUCCGCUGCACACACAAUUGCUGAUCGAUGACAACAAAUCUCCGUUGACGGACGAGGAGAACGAGAAAAUCAUCCAGCUGUCGUACAAGCACUUCUACGGAGUGGAACCAACGCCACAGCCGCCGCAGCCAACCCAAAGUCAAGCCCAAGCCCAAACCCAGGCUGCUUCCAAGGAGAGCAAGGAAAAAAAAGCACCCGCAGAGCAGAAGCAGCCGCCGGCCGCACCACAGACAGACGGGCAAGCCGAGCUGCAGAAGGAUAAGCAGGAUAAGCCGGAUAAGCCGGAUGAUGAGACGAAAAAAUAACAUUUGAGUGGUUUAACGUUUAAUAUUUUAUUGUAGCGUAUAAAAGAAGACAAAAA